AUGAAGUUCCUUGGUAUUAUUCAGUUCUUAUCAAUCGCAAGCGCUCUCGCCUCAUCCCACAGAAGAGCACAGCCCCUCGAAAUCCAAGGCCUCUCAGCAAACCAAUACUCCAACAUAACCCUCAGCACGCUCCAUUUCACGGUCCACGACCCUAGCACCGACGUAACCGAUGACUGCAACGUUUCCUGGAACACCAGCAGUAUUAACCAGCCAGGCCUCGCACCACGAAAGUGUCUACGCGGACAAUUUGAAUUCGGCUUCCGCUAUGGCAUCGGCAAUAUCGAGAAUUUUACUCUGGUGGUGCAACAGGUUAAUGGGUCUGCGCAGGGCUCGUCCGUUGUUACGGCGUACAGGAGAAAUCCAGACUGGAUCUGUUUGCAGAAUCCGGUGCAGGGGGUUAAGGAGCGGUGUGUUUGGAAUGGGACGUUGAGUAUUAAUGUGUAA